AUGCGACGACCAUCGGAGCGACGGCUGGCUGGACGACUGGCACGACGGCUGGCGCGUAUUGCUGAAAGUUACAAAAGUUUUGGUGGAAGCGUUGCGGUUGCGUCGCGGUCGCCACUUACCGGGGUUCCCAAGAAUGCUCCGGACCACAUGUUGACGACAUACGUACCUACCGUAGUCCCUACCGUAGUCACUCCAAUGAUGGCACCUGCUCCGAUGGUCGUCGCCUCUCCAAUGAUGGCUCCAGCAGUGGUGGCGUCUCCGAUGAUGGCGACGCCAGUGAUUGCGACGCCCGUCGUGUCGAGACCCAUGUAUUACGGUACAGCCAUUUCGACACCAUAUGGUAUCAGAUAUAUUUGA